CACAUGCGUCAUUAUUUUUGAGGUUAGAGAUUUCAGAUUCGAGUAUUUUUGCAAUAAUUCUUAAAUAAUGGGUGAUAUUUUAAAAGAUAGUAGAUUUAGUAAAUACCUAAGUGAUCCACGGUACAGGCAAAUACCUAAACAUGAGCGAAAAGUAAAAAUUGACAAAAGAUUUCAGUCUAUGUUUAAUGAUGAAAAGUUCAAAGUCAAAUACACAGUGGAUAAACGCGGCCGGCCAGUGAAUGAAACAUCUACGGAAAAUUUGAAAAAAUACUACGACCUUGAAUCAGAUAAUAGUUCUGACGACGUGGGUAAUGAGUCUGAUACAUCUGUAACAAAAGACGAAAGUGUAGCAAAUACAACUUCUGAUCGGGUUCAUAAAGUAACUGAUGACGAAGAGAAACAAAUCUUUAAAAAUGACAAAUUGAUACGUGGUAAACUGGAUGAAAAAACUGCUACUAGAUUGUUGGACCUAGAUAUUGAUUAUGCCCGUGGUGAAGGGAUUUUAAUGACAGAUAGUUCUUCAGAUGAAGUCAGUAGCUCAGAAGAAGAAGAAAGUGAACUAGAACAUGAAUGGGGUGAAUUAGAUGCAGAUGCAGAGAGAACAGAAGAAUCCACCAAAAGAAUCGCCUUGUGUAAUAUGGACUGGGAUAACAUUAAAGCUACUGAUAUAAUGGUGCUGUUGAAUUCUUUCCUACCUCCUGGAGGAAUUAUUCUAAGUGUCACUGUUUAUCCUUCCGAAUUUGGAAUUAAAAGAAUGCAAGAGGAAGAAGUGCGCGGCCCUAUUGAACUCACACAGAUAGCCAAGGAAGAUUCAUCAAAUGAAGAGGACAAUGAAGAAGGGUCAUCGUACCACAUGGAAAAAUUGCGACGAUACCAAUUGAACAGAUUGAAGUAUUAUUAUGCGGUCGUUGUCUGUGACUCUGUGGUAACAGCCGAUAAACUCUAUAGCGAAUGUGAUGGUAUGGAAUAUGAAAGUAGUGCCACGCGACUGGAUAUGAGAUUCAUACCAGAUGAUGUUACGUUUGACCAGGAACCUCGGGAAGUAUGUACAAAGUUACCAGAUAUGUCUAAGUACAAACCCCGCCUUUUCACAACUACAGCAUUACAACAGGCAAAGGUGGAACUCACUUGGGAUGCCACCAAUCCUAACAGAGCUGAGGUGAUACGUAAUGCACUUGACGGCAAAAUCGACGAUCUUGAUCUUAAAGAAUAUUUGGCGUCCAGUACAGAAGAUGAAGAUUCAGCACAGGAAGUGAACAACAUACAAUCAGAUGAAGAUGAUGAUGAUCCAAUAAAAAAAUAUAAAUCUCUUCUAGAGGAUAUAGAGAAGAAAGAAGAAACUAAACACAAUAAAGAUAUGGAAAUGGAAAUCACAUGGGGAUUGGGGAAAAAGGAUAAAGCAGAAGAAUUAGUAAAGAAGAAGUUAAACAAUGAUAAAGUAUUAACACCAUUUGAAAAAAUGAUUGAGAAAAGAAAGGAAAAAAAGAAGCAGAAAAAAUUAAAAAAUAAACAAGCUUUAGGCAAUACCAUGAAUGAUCUGUCUGAUAAUGGCACUCAAUCAUCUGAAGAUGAAAUCCCAUCUGACAUUGAUAUGAAUGAUCCAUACUUUGCCGAAGAAUUUAAUAAAUCUGAAUUCAAAAAAGGCAAGCAUCGAAAUAAGACACAGAGUGCAGAAACAAAUCUUGAGGAAGAUGACGAAGAAAAAAGGAAAGCAGAAUUAGAACUGUUACUGAAUGAUGAAAAUGAUGGAAAAGCUCAUUUCAGUCUUAAAAAGAUUCAGGAUAGCGAGAGUAUGAAUAAGAAAUCCAGGCGGAAAAAGAAACAAAAACAAAAAAUGGAAGAACAGCAAUCUAAUUUGCCUGAUUUCGAAAUAAAUGUCAACGAUGAACGGUUUUCGGCAUUAUAUAAUUCACACCACUUCAAUAUUGAUCCCACUAACCCGAAUUACAAGAAAACUAAAAAUAUGGAAAAAUUAAUUCAAGAAAAAUUAAAAAGGAGACCAGCAGAUGUUCCAAUUGAAAAUGAAACCCAGAUAAAGAGAUCUAAAGAAGAUGCCGAACUAAAUAUAUUGGACAUCUUUUCGCUGAUAAGAAGAACGAGCAAGAAACUCACCAGCUCUAAUAAGAGUAAUGACAUUUACAAAAACCAUGUCAUUACCAGAUCAAGACAUUAUAAACAGAGAUAG